AUGAGCGUCGACCGGAGCCCCGCGCUGCGCACCUCGCGAAAACAUCUCCGCUCCAGUGACGAUGACAACAGCUACGACUGGAGCUCGGACUCUAGUGGACAAUUCGAUGAUGCCGAAGAGGUUGACCCGGAAGACUACCGGUCCCCUGCAGGAAAUCUGGCGAAGCGCCGUCGCUCCAACGACUGGCCUCUGCCCGAAGAGGCAGCCGAUUACGGAUCCAAUGACCGUCGCAACCAGCGCAGUGAAACUGGACAUCUAAGUGUCGGGAGCAUUGGAACCCCCUCAAGGAUUUCGCCCCGUGCGUCGCCGCGCGCAUCUCCUCGGGGCUCACUUGCAUCGUUGCGCGCGCGGCAUGCAGCUGCAUCAUCUUCCAGCCCGCGCCAUCGUAGAGGCCGCACAUCUCGUUUCGUCGAAGCUACUAUGAGUGAUAGCGUCAGCGAGAAGCCACCCAGCAUCUAUUUCCGUGACCGAGAGAGCAAGCCCGCUGGCAAUCAGAAUCGCUCAUCUGGUAUCUUUCGCUUCGGAAAGGCUAUCGCAUCGGCUUUCAACCCGUUCGGUGGAUGGAACAAGAGCGAAGGAUCGCCGAGCAAGUCACCGCAGAAGGACGUUAUCAAUCAAGCCGAGGAGGCCUACGCCGAGCUGAAGAAGGCUGGAUACAAAGGCACAAACAAAGGGCAUUACAUUCAGACGCACGGUGUCGACUGCAUUUCCGCAGACCAAACCUGGCAGUCUCUUCAUGAAAGAAUGGAGCACAGCUCUCCUUUGAAAGGCUCGCAGCGGUACUCGGUUGAUCGCGGAGAUCGAGAUGUACAUUCACGAUCUGAUUCUGGGGCUUCCAAGCGCUCUUCUCUCCAAGAUCUUCGUCUGCCGAUGUCGCUAUUCCACAAAAGUCAUGAGUCCCCAUCUGCUUCUCAAGCUACUAUCUAUUGUGACAGAACCUCCGAAGAGUCCGAAACUGGACUCCGCAAGCAGCCCUCGCGCAAAGAGCUAUCGCGGCAGACCAAGCUUCUCAAGAAGGUCAGCAAUCUUGAGGAUAAGCUGGAUCGCGCUCGGCGCGAGCUUCGUGAGCUCACGGGAAACGAACCGCCGCCGGCUUUGGCCCCUAUCCCUCCGCCAAAUACUGUCAACACUGAAAUUGACCCUGCAUCCUUCCCGCGGAAGUUUGUCCCCGGAGCUCUCCCGACGCUGCCAUCGGAACGUCUUUUGCACCAGCAAGCGGCUGAAGUAUCGGCAUCCGGAGCAAAUCUUGGAAACUUCACUGCGCUGCCUCCCAUGGAAGAUCGCGAAAGCUUCUCAUUUGAGGAGAUUCGUCCCGCUCCGAGCCCGGCUGCGGCUAAGCAUACAAAACGGCGCUCGAAAGAGACAUGGCCGCCGACCCUGGGUAAGGACAGUCUUUCCCGUAAACGGAAGUCACCAAUCCCUGAACCAAUCGAUAGUCGAAAGCCUCCUCAGCCCAGUUCGACGGACUGCAUCGACAACCUCGAGCAAGACCCCGAAUUCGAAGACCUGAUCGACUUUGGUUUGCUCAGCCCACCCAGUAAGACCAAAUGGCACAAAUCUGGGGCCGGCGAGAGUCCAGGCUCUGCAAAGCGCCGACAAGCAGCAAACCAGUCUAUCUCAACUGAAUCCGAUGCUAAACCCGCAGAAGGGAGUGCAAACACACGCACCCGCAGAUCUUCAUACACUUCGUCACCCCAAAAGCCAUCCGCGACAGCCUACUCACCAAGUCCCCAGCCAACAACACCACGCGGUAGCCUGCUACGACGCAGCGACUCGAUUCGCGGUAUGAAAUCUUCGCCUCCUUUCAUCUCAGAAGGCCCUGUGGAUACCUGGUCUUCUCCAAUGGCUCAAGACCAAUCCCAUGGCGACUUCUACCUCCAUUCUCAGCCCCAUCUUGAUCCCGAUCGUAGUCCCCAUACCCCUUCGAGAUCAAAAACCAGCCCCGCUCGCUCGACAAGAUAUCGCCGCGACGAGGAUAUCCCUCCUGUGCCGCCCCUCCCCGAGGAGCUGCGCUCGAGUGCUGCCAAGGUUCAUGUGAGCAAGUCGCUUAACAAGUCGCCCAAGAAGAGGCCCAUCUCUGCGCCUGUUUUUUCGCCGACUCCGGCACCUGCGAGCACAAUGGUUCCUGGUGUAGAGGAUUAUCAGUGGCCUGAUGAUAUUUUCUAA